AAUGGUGGGACAGAGCAGAGCCCUGAUCCUGCUGUGCGGGACGCUGCUGGGCCUCCUGUGCGCCCUGUACGCGCCAUCGCGGGCCCUGUCCCUGCCUGGGCUCAGCAGAGAACACCUGGAUGAGUACCUUGGCGUGCACGAAAGACAGGAGGGAGAGCUGCUCGAUGACACGACAGUUUCGACAGAAGUCAGCUCGACAGAUGACAUCUCGACAGAUGCCACCACGACAGAUGUCACCACGACAGAUGCCGGCGCUACAGGUGUCACCACGAGCUCUUCAGAAAGUGCGUCAACUUCUGAUACUCCCGGCACGACACCCGGCGUCUCCAGCACAGCUGAGGUCGUGACCAACUCCAGCCGAAACCCGACAGACGAGAUGGCGGCAAAAAAAGAUAUUGAUGACAUGGACGUUGUCCUACAAAAAUCCUUCGUGAUCAUGCAGGAGGCGAGCUGGCUGGAGAAUACUGAUCACACUGAUGCACAUGCCAGCGCAUCAAUAGAAGCGACGGCAAACUUCUCGAGCGUGUACGCACAGCAGUGGAAAGAAGUGAUCAAUUUCUACGAGUACUGGAACUUCACAGACCCAGAACUGCGGCGUAGAUUUGAGCUGCAAGCAAAACCUGGCACGACGGUUCUCAGUCCUGGCAACCAAACGAAGGGCGGCAACAUGGACGAAUGCGAGUCUCCUACUUAA